GGCGUAGGUGGCGCUGGAUCCACCUGAGGAGGUUGUGGGGUGACGGCGCGGACGCCAUUUUGUCGGUGUUUGUCGCAGCGGCUGGAGAGAGAGAGGGGACGGCGGUUUGGCGACAUUUCUCGGCCAGAAGGCCUUUCGCUUUUGCGGAGAUGCGGCAUUCCAAACGAACUCACUGCCCUGAUUGGGAUAACAGAGAAAGCUGGGGCCAUGAGAGCUACAGUGGAAGUCACAAACGGAAGAGGAGAUCUCACAGUAGUACACAAGAAAACAGGCAUUGUAAACCACAUCAUCAGUUUAAAGACUCUGAUUGAUGUUCGAUGGGGGCUGGUUACCAGAUUGCUUUCUAAAUUAGCCAGCUGGGGUUACUUUAAAAAACAUCACUAUUUAGAAGCAAGGUGCUUGAAUCAAAGAGAUUAUCGGGACCGGAGAUACAUUGAUGAGUAUAGAAAUGAGUACUGCGAAGGAUAUGUUCCAAGACAUUACCAUAGAGACAUUGAAGGCACUUACCGAACCCACUGCAGUAAAUCCUCAAUCCGAAGCAGGAGAAGCAGCCCUAAAAGGAAGCAUAAUAGACACUGUGCAAGUCAUCAGUCACAUUCGAAGAGCCACCGAAGGAAAAGAUCCAGGAGUAUAGAGGAUGAUGAGGAGGGUCACCUGAUCUGUCAAAGUGGAGACGUUCUAAGAGCAAGAUAUGAAAUCGUGGACACUUUAGGUGAAGGGGCCUUUGGCAAAGUUGUAGAGUGCAUUGACCAUGGCAUGGAUGGCUUACAUGUAGCAGUGAAAAUUGUAAAAAAUGUAGGCCGUUACCGGGAGGCAGCUCGCUCUGAAAUCCAAGUGUUGGAGCACUUGAACAGCACUGACCCCAACAGUGUCUUCCGAUGUGUCCAGAUGCUAGAAUGGUUUGAUCAUCAUGGUCAUGUUUGUAUUGUGUUUGAGCUGCUGGGACUUAGUACCUAUGAUUUUAUUAAAGAAAAUAGCUUUCUGCCAUUUCAAAUUGAUCACAUCAGGCAAAUGGCCUAUCAGAUCUGCCAAUCUAUAAAUUUUUUACAUCAUAAUAAAUUGACUCAUACAGAUCUAAAACCUGAAAAUAUUUUAUUUGUGAAGUCUGACUAUGUAGUCAAGUACAAUUCUAAAAUGAAACGAGAUGAGCGCACAUUGAAAAACACAGAUAUCAAAGUUGUUGACUUUGGAAGUGCAACAUAUGAUGACGAACAUCAUAGUACUUUGGUGUCCACACGGCACUACAGAGCUCCAGAGGUCAUUUUGGCUUUAGGUUGGUCUCAGCCGUGUGAUGUUUGGAGCAUAGGCUGCAUUCUUAUUGAGUAUUACCUUGGGUUCACAGUCUUUCAGACUCAUGAUAGUAAGGAACACCUGGCAAUGAUGGAGCGGAUAUUAGGACCCAUCCCAGUGCACAUGAUUCAAAAGACAAGGAAACGCAAGUAUUUUCACCAUAACCAACUAGAUUGGGAUGAGCAUAGUUCAGCUGGGAGAUAUGUUAGGAGACGCUGCAAGCCAUUAAAGGAAUUUAUGCUGUGUCACGAUGAAGAGCAUGAAAAGCUGUUUGACCUGGUUCGAAGAAUGUUGGAGUAUGACCCAACGAAAAGGAUUACCUUGGAUGAAGCAUUGCAGCACCCUUUCUUUGAUUUAUUAAAAAGGAAAUGAAUGGGAAUCAGUGGUCUUCCUAUAUACUUCUCUAGAAGCAAUUACUUAAGACUGUGUCAGUCAACUAAACAUUCUAAUAUUUUUGUAAACAUUAAAUUAUUUUGUACAGUUAAGUGUAAAUACUGUAUGUUUUGUAUCAAUAGUAUAACUACCUUGUUAAGUAUGGUGUUGAUAAUGAAUGCAAUAUGAGUUAAAGUGAAUUUUCCCUUUUGAUGUUAAUUGCCAUUUUUAAAGGCCUUUGGAAUACCCUUUGUGUCCAGUAAUUAAUGUGAUUGGUCUUGUCUUUUGUACAUGAAGGUUGACUCUGCAGUGAUUCUUUUUUUCUUGAGUAAAAGGAAAUCUUGACCA